GAGAUGCAGACCAGAGUUGAGCAGGAGCAGAGAGUGAGAAAAACAAAUAGUGUGAGAAAUAAAAAGAUAGAUAGGGAGAGAUAGAAAUAUAUAGAAAUUACACUUCACAAGGACAUUGAAGAACAUGUGUGAAGCAUUUCUUCAGUUCAUCAUGGGACUACGUGAGUUUAUAAAGGAGUAUUUUCUUGGUUUCUGGGACUAUGAGACACCAAAGGUGAUGGUGGUUAAAAACAGAACUCUUGGAGUCAUUUACAGAAGCGUUCAGUUUCUUGUGAUCACCUAUUUCAUCUGGUAUGUCUUUAUAAGUCAGAAAGCAUAUCAAGAGAGUGAAACCCGUCCAGAGAGCUCAGUUUACACUCUCAUGAAAGGCGUUGCAGUUCAUGGUGAUGAUAUCCUGGACACUGUGGAGUACGCUCGACCCUCAGAGGGUGGUGAUGUGAUUAGUACAAUAUUGAGACGAGAAGUUACAUACGACCAGAAGCAAGGGACCUGUGCUGAGUAUUUCAAAGUUGCCAACGCCAACUGUACGACAGAUUCUGACUGUGUCCAGGGGGAAGUUGACUUUAAUGGCCAUGGUAGAAGGACCGGCAAAUGUGUUCCAUACUAUAACCACACCUUCAAAACUUGUGAGAUCCAGACUUGGUGUCCUAUUGAGGAGUACGCUGUAGUACGUGAGCCAGCAUUAGUGGAGGCCAUCAACUUCACAGUGUUCAUCAGGAACUCUAUCCACUUCCCUAAGUUUAAAGUGCUGAGGGGAAAUAUCAAAGAUGCCUCAAAUAGGCGUGACAUGCAGAAAUACCUCAGUAAGUGUCUUUAUGAUGAAGAGAAAGAGCCCUACUGUCCAAACUUCCGCCUGGGCUACAUUGCAGAUCAAGCGAGGGAGAAUUUCAGUGAACUCUGCAGGACUGGAGGUGUGAUCGGGGCUUUCAUUAACUGGCGGUGUAACCUGGACCUGGAUCCUUCACAUUGUAAACCCACAUACUCCUUCCGUCGUCUUGAUCUUCGAAAGGAUGAGGUGAACUCUGGGUACUAUUACAGAUUUGCCAAGUAUUACAGUAAGGAUGGGGUAGAGUCUCGGACACUCAUCAAGGCCUACGGCAUGCGUCUGGAUGUUAUUGUUCACGGACAUGCUGGUAAAUUCAGUCCCAUCCCAACCAUCAUCAGCACAGUGACUGCUAUGACUUCUGUCGGGAUUUGUACCAUUAUCUGUGACUGGAUCAUGCUGACAUUUAUUGACAAGAAUGAAGUCUACAGUGAGAGAAAGUUUGAUGAAGUUAUCAACAUGCCCACAGUGCCCAUUCCCACAGAGCUCAGUUACAUCAACAGCUACGGCUCAAACCAUUCAGACCUGUCAGAUGGUGUACCACUGUGAUGACGUCGUUGUUGCCUCAGUCGUUGCUGGCCAAGUGUUUGGACUCUCCCUGAAACCAGCUGACUGUGGCAACGACAGCAUCUCUGAGUGGUUUCUCAGGUGUCUGCAACAACAGCUCAGUGAUGGACUAUGCUGUUGUCAGUGGGAAUAUACUGACCACAGUGAGCGAGGGGGCAUCGUCUGAAAGAAAAACAGCUGGUUCUCUCGAAGUCUCUGCUGCAGUUCAUUUAUCAUCUCAAACUGUUGAUGGACCUCCACUGUUGGACAGUGUCAUGAAACCAGUAACACCACUUAGAGGAUGUGUUUAUUUUCUCAAUAUGAAAACAAACAAAAUAGUAUUUCAUAGCAGAAACAUAUUUGAGUACACAGUCAUGAGAAGCAGAUUUGCAAACCAUACAGAUUAUGCUCAUGUAUUGCAAACAUUCAACAAUAAAAGUCCUCUGCUAAGUCGUGUGACUGACAAAAGCAUUAUUAUAACAUCAUCUCACCAAAGAAUACAGUACACUGUAUUGUGAAACACUGACUCCCUUCCUUCACUUCCCUCAUCUUUCAACCUGAGGAGCUCAGCAUAAUGAGAAGAUACAGGAGGAAACGGACAGGAGACGCAUGAGGAGAGUAAUGAGCAGUAAUCAAAUAACGCUAACAUUUCCCAUAAAAUGGUUUCCCUAACAAGAUUGUGGGGGAAGUGUGAAUCCAUCUGAAUGCCUGAGAGCGAUACAAAUGUCAGUGGUGGAAAAAAAAAUUCCUAAGACUCAAGUCUAAUUGAAUAGAUAUCUGCCAUGAUGGAUAGAGGAGCACAAUGGAUGUGUCAGUUUGGAAAUUGUGUGCUUAUGGCAUGUAAAGAGCUGAAAAUUCAUAUAGUGUUAUAUCUUAAAAAGGUAGUGGUUAUGCUAAUUUAUUCCACUGCUCAGUAAGUCUUAAGUUAAAUGCGUAUUGAGAGGCUAACAACUGAAAAUGUAAAGAAUUGUGACAGUCUACUCUUAUCCCUUCAUUCAUCAAACAACAUGUGCAGUAUGUGUGUAUGUGUGAGAGGAUCCAAGGAGCCAAUCUAAUUGUGCCGCAGUUCAGUCUGAAAUGUGAUUACUUGUCUGGGAGAUGCCCAUCUCCCUGUGGAGCAAUGAGGUUAAAGUGGUGGAGGUGCAUGACUUAAGAUCAUUGUGCCAGCAAGUUCAAUCCAGACUUGCUGGCAGUAUCAUUAACCAGCAAAUAUUUUUCCCACAUCUGAGAACAAUAAAAAAUGUAUUCACAACAAGCAAGACAUGCCUGAUCUCUUCUGCUCAGCGCGCAUUAAAACGUAAACACUCUCACCAGAUGAAGACUUGAAGGAUUAUUUACUCAAUAGUUCCUUAAAGAAAAAUCUAAAACAAAAGAAGCCAAAUAAUCUUCUCAACUACAACAGAGAAAAACUUGACACUCAUUGAUUGUGCAACUUGCAAUAAAGCAGCAUUUGACAUGUCUCAUGAAUUUCACUAGAAGUUGAGGGAUUAGAUGGGGUGAAGUUCAGGUCACAAACUGUACACAAGCCACAGACACAUUAGCAACCAAGUGGAGAGGAAGCUCAGACAAUUAGUGACUGUGGA